AAUCCUCCAAUCGCAAUUGAAAUAGUUAACCUAACCAGAUUAAAUGAACGAACGUCGUAGACGACAACUUUACAUGUUUCUAAACAUGCACAAUGAAUUGUCACGAAUAACUCGGUGUUCGUACAACUUUUAAUGCAAGUUUAACUAUGCCACAUGCAUCGCUAUGGAUGCCACAAAGCACAAGGCUAAGUCAGAGAUGGACCGAAAAUUUGAAGAGGAUUUAGAGCGAGCACGGGCUCUCAGUUUAGAAAGUCUUGCUCUUGAAAAAUUUAAGUUACGCAAACAGCAGAAAGAGCUAGAAAGGUUGCAUGAGAGCCAGAAACAAAGGCAGCUAAAUGCACUGUCCACAGAUAGCCAGCCAGACAGUCAUGCUCGUAAGAUGUCUGCACCUCAAACAUCUAAUAUUAAUGCACAAGAAAGAUUAGAAUUGAAGUCUAGGCCAAGGCCAGGCUCCUUCAACUCUGGUCCCUCAAAAAAUCCUCCAAUCUUAGCACCACCUCCAACAGCCAGACGUGUUUCGGUUGCGUCUGCAGACAGUUCAAGAGACCUCAUAUCCUUUAGCAGCCCAGUUAAAGAUGACAGUCAUUCCUUAUAUCCAGAUUUGGAAGAUCUGAGUUCUCCCUUUGCUCGUCAAAUUGAUGUUUCUUCCUCAAACGAAAAUAUGGUUUCUAUUGUAUCUUCCACUCCUCGGCUAAACCGAAGUAAUAGCAGUGUCAGCCACUUAGGGCCACAGAGACAUUUAUCGUUAGAUAACUCUCCAAUCGCUGCUCCCUCCCUUUCGCAUUCCCACAGUGAUAGUGUAGCUAUGAGGAACAUUCAACUCCCAGGGUUUAAUAGUUCAAGCAAUGUCAACAAUUAUUCAAAUUUUUCAAAUAUGUCAAGUAUAUCAAGUCUAUCAAAUUUUUCAAAUGCAUCCAGCUCGACGUUUCCCACAAGUCCCUUGUCAUCGUCAGCUCCAUUUUUGGGAUAUUCAGCUGGCCAGCCCUAUCGCACCUUGCAAGCUGUAGACACUUUGAAAUCAAGUUGUUCCAUGACUGCCUUUGGUGGAAUGUCUAUGGUACCAGCCUUGAUGGGGACUCCAUCCAUUCCCUUUCGCUCGUAUGAAAUACCAGCCAACGGAUCUUCUGAUUCUGGAUUGAGUACAGCAGGAUCUUCUACGUUGUCCCAAGUACCCUUUCCUGCAAUAACGCAAUCGGGUGAGCUGAAUAGCUCAGGUCUGGAGGUACUCAAGAUAGUUGAGAAGAAAGAUAAUAGCAACCUAAUAGACUUGUCCCUGUUUGAAACUCAAGAAACCAACCUCAGCCAAGGACAUCAGAAAAGCAACAAUGGCACUUUAGUGCGUACUAGUGUUCUGGAAGCUUUCGACCCUUUAAUGACAUCCCAGGACCAAGUCUCAGUUCGUCCUCCAACAAUACAAGAAAAUUCAGGAGAGCCAGAUGAAAUCGCUUCGCAGUGCUCAGGCAGCUUCUAUGAUCCGUAUGACCCUUUUGACUUCAUGUAUGCUCCAUCAGAGGGUUCGCAAUCUGAUCCUGUCUAUGCAGCUGUUGUUAAGAAGAAAGACCUGUCAGAAAAUGUUGUCAUAUCUCCCAGUGGAUCAGCACCCCCACCGCUGCCUCCCAGAAAUUAUGCAUCAAAAAAAGCAGAAGAAAAGAAACAAAACCGUCACAAGAGUUUCCUGCAUGAAGAUAUAUCUCAAACAUCUUGCAAUACUUCUUAUAUUAGCAGUGACUUGCGCGCUUUCCACGCCAUGGUGCUUUCACUGAGAGCUGAACACUUGCAUGAUGACUUGUACACUAACACUGGCCUUGUCACAAGCUCUACCAUUGAGAGUCAUUACUCCGAAGGAACAAGCAUAAAGUUAGUUGUUCACUCACUGAAUGGGAAGAACAACCAACCUGUCACAUUCACGUGUGAUGUAGACUCCACAGUCGAACACGUUAUACUCCAUGUUAUGUGUGAAUUAGAAGGUGACAUUUCUGGUGAAGCCAGUGAUUAUGUCCUAAGAGUUUGGGGCUUGGCAGAAUAUCUAACUCCUAGCACCUCUUUGUCAGACUAUGAAUACAUUCAUACUUGCAUAAAACUUGAUGAGGAUGUGACCCUGGCCAUUAUGCAUAUGGAUGAAGUCUGUAGACCACUGGCCCGGACAGUUCAGGAUGAUAAUAGGGACAAAUCUUUGACUCUAGAAAACCUACUGCCAAAUGAACCGGUCACGCCCAUUGCAUAUGAAUCCCUUCUUAUUUUAUUAGAGACUCUGGAAAAAGAGAUGAACAGACUACAAAAUGCUUCAGAGCAUGUGGUAGGCAAUAGUGGUCUACAAACUAAAGGUGUUGUCCAAGCAGUUAAAGCUGUAUGUGCUCUUCUUGGAAAUGUUGAAACCUCAGAGGUCACAGAAGCUGUUGAAGGUAUGAUCCAGCAUUGCACCCAUCGUACCCAAUCUUAUUCUGUGCCUCCAGUGCAGCCUAAGCCGGAAGUGGAGAGCUCCUACCGCACAGAAAUUGGUGGGGAUGAUGGAUAUUAUUCAGUGGUUACUCUACGACGUAAAGAGAACAGUGAAAGAACCUUCUCUGAAAUGGUUGUCAACCAGUGUGAUAAGAUUAGAGAUGCAGUUCAUCACUUAAUUGAAACUUAUUGCCAAGCCUUCAGAGUUAAUUUUCAACUAGAACCUCACCAUACCAUCUCAUCAGGAAAAAGGUGUCUUUCAACUGUUAAUGAUUGCGUGCUUGUGCACAUUGAUGGUUUACACCGACUACAAUCUACUUGGGAUCAUGACGAAUACCUCAUUGCUGGACAAAUAUAUCAUGGAACACGACCUAUUGGACACACUGUCCUGACGCAACCUGUGCCUGUACAGAAUAGUUAUUACAAGAGGGUGCUUUUUGACUCUUGGCUAAACUUUGACUCUUUGAGUGUAAAUAUGCUACCCCGUGAAGCCCGCCUGGUCCUAGUGCUGUAUGGGAGAUCAGUCACUAAGUCGGCUGACAACAGUGACCAUGAUGGCCAUGAUGGCUCACAGCAGAUGAGUGAAGUGGAGUUAGGUUGGGCUUCAUUGCAGUUCUUCAACUUUGAUGGAGUCCUGACGCAUGGUACCUUCCUUGCCUCCUUGUGGCCGCCUGGUGCUGACAAACGUCUUGGCCCUGCUCCAUUGCCUGGCUCUCAUCCCCACAGUGAUCUUCAUCCUGUUCUUGGUGUGGAACUACCAGAUUAUGGAGGAACUCUUGUGUUCCCUUCAAAAGGAAAUAAUGAGACUGUGGUCUCGGCCCCAACCUAUGACUUUGAGAGUCUUGAUCAAAACACCCAGCAGCAAUUGCUGGAUAUCGUAGGACAAGACACAUUCACAAGACCGGUUCCAGCAGACAGAGAAGUUUUGUGGGAGAAGCGACACUACCUCCAUCACAAGCCAGAAGCAUUGGCUAAAGUUCUUUUGGCUGCUCAUGAUUGGGACCAUGCCUCAGCAUCUCAAAUUCAUGCCUUGUUGCAUUCCUGGUCACCUAUGGAACCUGUGCAAGCUCUUCAGCUGCUUCUUCCCUGCUAUCCCGAUGGAGAGGUGCGGAGGAUGGCAGUAUUAUGGAUCCAAGACAUGGGAAGAGAUGAAAUAAUAGAUUACCUACCACAGCUGGUUCAGGCAUUGAAGCAUGAAACUUAUGACUCUUCUCCUUUAGCUGCUUUUCUUCUUCGUCGGGCAUUGUGCUCGCCCCGAGUAGCUCACCAUCUGUACUGGCUGCUCACUCAGAGUUUGCCAGGACAAUGUCCACAGAACACUUCUGAGGCAACUGGUACAGAUGAUGUCAGUGUUUGUGAAGCCCGCUACCAUAGGCGGUUUCAGCUUAUGCUACGAGCGCUACUCUCAAUAUCUGGAGAGGCCCUUCGUCAAAGGUUCUUAGCACAACAAAUGCUUGUUAAGAAUCUGUUAGAUGUUGCACAAUCUGUUAAGAGCACAAAAGAAUCUUUACGGAUUCAAACAUUGGUACGAGAUUUGGAGUGGGUACAUAGAUCUUUGGAAGAGAACUCGUCUGCAACAUGUUUGCCUCUAAGUCCUGCUCUUGAAGUUUCUGGGAUACAAGUGCGCACAUCAUCUUAUUUCCCUUCCAACACACUACCUUUAAAGAUAAAUUUUAUUGGGUCCAACUCCGGAAUUAUUCCUGCUAUUUUCAAGGUUGGAGAUGACCUUCAACAAGAUAUGUUAACCAUUCAAAUGAUUCGUAUAAUGGAUAAACUCUGGUUGAAGGAGGGCCUUGAUCUAAAAAUGGUAACAUUUUCUUGUGUUCCAACUGGCCACAAAAGAGGAAUGAUAGAAAUGGUGCAGCAGGCUGAAACGCUCAGAAAGAUUCAAGUUGAACUUGGUCUAACUGGAUCUUUCAAAGACCGCCCUAUUGCGGAAUGGUUGGCUAAGCACAAUCCCUCAGCUCUAGAAUAUGAACGUGCGGUCAGCAACUUUACAGCAUCCUGUGCGGGGUAUAGUGUUGCCACUUACAUUUUGGGUAUAUGCGACAGGCACAAUGACAAUAUUAUGUUGAAAACAUCUGGUCAUCUUUUCCAUAUUGAUUUUGGAAAAUUUUUGGGUGAUGCUCAAAUGUUUGGAAAUUUUAAGCGUGACCGCACCCCAUUUGUACUGACCUCUGAUAUGGCUUAUGUUAUCAAUGGUGGUGAUAAACCAUCAGUAAAGUUUCAUCAUUUUGUUGAUUUAUGCUGUCAAGCUUUCAACAUUGUUAGAAAGCAUGGAAAUCUUGUACUGCACAUGUUUGGUCUUAUGGCAUCAUCAGGUAUAUCUGGAGUGACUAUGGAUGCUGUUAAAUAUGUCCAACGUGCCCUUCUUCCUGAUUUGUCCAAGCCUGAAGCUGAUGCAUACUUUGCUCGUAUGAUUCAAAGCUCUUUGAAGAGUUGGUUCACCCAAUUUAACUUUUUCUUGCAUAACCUCGCUCAGUUGAGAUUUACUGGAGAUCAUAAUGAUGGAGAACUUCUCAGCUUCAUUCCUAAAACUUACACAAUGCAACAAGAGGGUCGCAUAAAAAGUGUUGCUGUCUAUGGAUGUCAAAAGCGAUAUGAUCCAGAAAAAUACUAUGUUUACAUACUAAGAGUGGAAAGAGCUAACCAGCCAGACCCAUCAUACCUCUUCCGUUCAUACAAAGAAUUUUGUGAACUACAACAAAAGCUAUGCAUCCAUUUUCCACUUGCCAAAUGCCACAGUCUUACCAGUGGGCUUCACAUGGGCAGAUCAAACAUCAAACAGGUUGCAGAAAAGAGACGUCUGGAUAUUGAGAAGUUCCUCGUGUCCCUUUUCCGAAUGGCUGACGAAAUUUCACACUCUGAUCUUGUUUACACGUUUUUCCACCCUCUUUUGAGAGACCAGGAAGAAAUCAGUAUGGCCAGUAUAAAUGCAACCAAAUUUAAAGAGAGGAAGGCAUCUCGACCCCAAGGCAUAGAAGCACAUUGCCUGAAGGGACAGUUAAAAUUGUCCCUGCAGUACCAGAGAGGCACCUUAAUGGUCAUGGUUCAUCAUGCCAAGGAGCUACCCUCAUUAGCAGGAAGUCAGGAGCCAUCGGCUUAUGUAAAGGUUUAUUUGUUGCCUGAUCCUUCCAAAGCAACCAAACGAAAAACAAAAGUUGUUCGAAGAAACUGUCAUCCAACUUUUAUGGAAAUGAUUGAAUAUCGUAUGCCAUUAGAUAUUGUACGCCACCGUACUUUGCAGGCUACAGUAUGGAAUCAUGACACAUUGCAAGAAAAUGAAUUUCUUGGAGGUAUAUCCUUGCCUUUGGAGUCUUGUGAUCUAUCAAAAGAAAACACCGAAUGGUAUUCCCUUGGAAAUGUCUGCAGAUGACCUUGGUAGUUUGCUUGUUACCCCAUAAAAAGUAAACAUCCAGAAAAUUUUCCCCACUCAUUAUUGGCACUCAGCAACAGAAACAUGAUAAUUUUAAUUUGAAAUUUUCAUUUAAUUUCUUUGAAGUUUUUAGCACAAUUUGUGAGUGAUAGAUAAACCUCAAGUGUUUAUCUUGGGUUGUGAGUGUUUUCAAGGUCUGUCAAACUCUUCUGACUCUCCAUUUGUAUACAUUUAUCUUAAAAGAAAACAUUAAUAUCAUACCACUUUAAUCAAGUUUGUGUAGCAUUGUGCCCUCCUUUUGUUUGGCAUAAGUAAAUCUUUAACAUAGAUAUGUACAAUAUUCUUGUAACUUGCUAUUUUUCAAACAAAAUGUGACAUAUAAGGCAAAAUGUUGUAAUUUUUUAAAGAAAUUCUCCUAAUCAAGAAGCCUUGGAACAAAGCAAAUUCAAUUAGAUGCUCAAAGACAAAGUAUAUAUUUUUUAAAAGUUGUGGUUAAAUGUUAGUAGAAAUGAUGGAAUUUUGUAUGGAUAUUUGUUGUUCACUAUGGUGCCUCAUGAAUUUGAUGCUUUCAGCACACUGUGUGUCAGACUGAACAGAUGUUUUGCUGUGAUGGAAUUGUAUUCUACUUGAUAAAUUGUUAUUCCUAUUUGUAUAUAUGUGUGUGUGUUUUGUCUUCUUUUUUUUUUUCUAAUCAAAUUGAAUCAAGUUGACUGCUAAUUGAACUGAUUUGGUUAAAAUAUUUGUCAUUUAUGUCAAUGAGCUGAUAGGAAAGAUUGUUGGAAGGUGAAUCAUCAAACAUGGGAUGAUUGAUAAUCGUAUUACUGAUAUUGUUGAUACAGUAUUGUGUACUGUUAAGAUUUGUGCAUUUUUCUUAUUGUAAUUUACUUGUGAUGAAUUUAUUCCUUUCCAUGUAUACUUGCUCGCCCGAUGUACAUGUAAUUAGGUGCUGUUUUUACUUCCCAUCCUAGAUUUUUGUUCUUUGAGAUUGUUCAAUAGACAUCACAAUUUUAUGAAAUGGGUAUGUAAGUUUUAGCAUGUGUUUCAUUUGCUAAUAUUCUACAAAUCCAUCUCACAGAUGUUUAUAAAGGGUACAAUUAUUUCUUAUUCCUUUCUGCAUAUAUUUAAUGAAAUGAGAUAACUAUGGUUUCUUUUUGUAAUUAUUUAUUUCUAUUCUUUUUUAAGGUCAUUGUUGUGAUUUUGUUAGUCUAAAUGACCUACUGUUAUGCUAAUGCAAAGCAGAUCAGGUGUGCAAUAUUUUAAUAUUUUGGUGUAGUCGUGCUUCAUCACUGCCAAGGUCUUUCUUUUCCUUGAGUCAUUCCUUUUUCCUGGGUGUUCUUUAACAUUCUUCAUUUGAUAAUGUCAAGAAUGUCAAUUGACAUCCCAAUUGCCUCAAAGUCAUUGAGUGUGUGGUAGUUAUUGAAAGUUUCUUACGUUAUGUGCUGCCUACUAUUACUCAGACCUUAGGCUUGUUGGCUUCUCUUAAUUUUAUACCUACUAGCCAUUAUGCUGUAUUAUUAAUUUCCAAUUUUAAAGCUUACCCAUAAUUGCGUGGGUGGAUAAAAACCAAAACUGAGACCAAAAAUGUUUAUCUUUUAAUGUAAGCAUAAUUAUUAUGUUAUAUGGAAAGCAGUUCUCACUUCUAACUGUUCGUAUUGUCAUCAUUUCUCUUUCAGAAAUAAGUUGUACAGGUGGUGCUUUCAUUUAAUAAAGACUCUAUAUUUUGCUCUGGACAA